UCAAAAUUUGAUGGUUCUGGUAUUAGGUUAAUUUUAUAAAAUUCCUGUUUUUAUUGUGAAUUAAAAUUCUUAAGUGUACCUACAUCAACAAUGGGGAAGUAUAAAAUGCCUACUGUUCAACAAUUUCUACAAAAAAAAACCAUUUAUGGGCCCAAGAAAGAUCCAGUGUGGAUUUAUCUGGAAAAGGAAAUGAUAGAAAAUUUAGCAAAAAAACCGUAUAACGAGAAAGUUGGAAAAUGGCUGAAAUAUUUAAGAGAUUUAAAAUACUAUUUUUACUGUGAAGCAAAAAGGAAAGAAAGAAGAUUGAAUACAGAAGUAGGCCCGGCUUGGUAUUGUGAGUUGUCAAGUGAACAAAGAGAAGUAUUGAACCAUUUAAAAGAAAACAUCCAUCAAGAUCUUUUAGAAGAUUUGCCGAUACGUAUUCGACAGUCUCUGUCGGAUCUUGGACUUACACUGAAAAUACCUAAACCUUUGCUGAUGCAGGCUAUGAAUGACUGCGUUCAUGAUCCCGGCGUUUUCAUAUGGAAUCUGUACUCUGCCUACUAUAAAAAACCACCUAGUGAGUUAAGACCAAAAUACGAUAUAAAUGCAAUGAUCCUCAUGUCGUGUCUAGUAUUUAUAGAUCUAGAAGAAUGCAUUGAGAGAUUAGAGAAGUUAACGUAUGUGAAAAAAAUUCCACCACAAGAGGUGCCGAAGAAAAAAAAGAAGUAUUACCAACCUGAUAUACGAUACGGGGAAUAUCAACAACAAAUGUACGUCCCUCUCUACAGUACUCAUAGUUCGGGUCAACAGAAGAAACCCAAAUCUCAACCUCUUGGGUACAAGUUUCGGCUCAGGAGCGAAGAGAGCUAUGAAAGACUGUGCAAGGAUCAUACUUUCUUAGACAAACGCAAAGAAAGAAAUAAGAAAGAAAAGCAAAGUGAACGAAUCUGCAACUACAAAUUUUGGGAGCCACCGAGCACGCUGCGCAAUACGGACCCGAAGAUGGUAGCUUACGUGAACAAAUUGAAGAUGCUGAAGAAGAAAGCGAAGCCGAAACAUAAAUCCCCUUACAAGAACGUUCAAUACCUCGUUACCGGAGUGUCUUUCACCGGAGGAUCUCCGCAUUACCUUUUGUCAAAUGUUGCGCUACUUCCAACUGGAUACAUCCCGAUAAAUGGUGGAACUGUCGCCUAUGGAGGCGAAUUCAUUACAGUCUUGCAGGGCUUUUGGAAGUUCCCACGCGAAGUUAAAGAAAAAUGUGACGACGCUUGUGACUGUAUUACCAAAUGGGAGGAUACUGUUAUGGAUUACCUGAAGGAAUCAAAAUGUAAAUGCGGUCAUCUCUAUGAUUUUUACCACGAGGGAAAAGCGACUGAAAAGUAUUUCUAUCCGCCUACGAAGCAUGGCAAAUUUUGGGUGGAUAAAGCGAAGAUAUACCAAAUGAAUCCGAUACCGGAUUUUAUUAGAGACACUGUUAGAGAAGCUAUGCAGUCUGUGGAGCCUACGCCGGAGCCGUCAAUGCCAACGAUAUCUGCAUCGGGACUGAAGGAAAAAGAACUUUUAGCGGCUCUUUUAGCUGAUCUCUCUGACACGCCGCUUCUAAUACCUCAUUUGCCACAAGCCAAUCUUCUGAAUAACCUUCAAGAAUGGGUCAGGAAACGAGUAAAGGGUAAAAUAAACCCUAAAGAACACAAACAACUUAUUUUACAAUCACAACGCAGAUGGCUCGACUUGAAGCACAUGGACUUCAGAGCACGUGCUUAUAGGAUUCCGUUCACUUUGAAACAAUUGGAGCACUUCAAUUGGUCUCAUCGACAUUUAGUUCAGAACUUGUUUAAAAUAUUAUUGGAUGACUUUGUGUCGAGAAAUAGAAUGAACCAACUGCAACAAACGCGACUUUGGUGGUCUACCAUGAAGUACGAUCCAUAUCCUAGCAAAGCAUUCUUAGAUAUUUAUUUCACCUACAUGCCAGGAAGAAUGAAGGAUACGUUCCUGAUCAACCCGUAUAGUUCGGAACUCACUCCCAAGCAUGGGGCUAAGACAUGUCCUUUGUGAAUCCAAUCUACUUUGUCAAACAAUCUACCUAUGAAAAUUUAAAUACAGAACUAAAAGACAUCUACAUCAUUUUUAUUAACAUAGAUAGGUAAAAGUAAAAAUAUAGAAUCAGUAUUUA